AUGAAUACCAAGAGAGGUGCCGCCAAGGGCGUCUCGCUGGCCAAGCGCAAAGCCCAGGCAAACGCGUUUGACAAGUUGAGCGAGAACCCAACAGAAGCCGAGCUCAAGAACGCCGCCGCCAAUGUCGCCCUCGCUGAGCUCGAGGAGAGAGUUGCCGAUGUCCGCGACUCGUGGGAGACGGAAUCUCUCUUUGAAGAUGCGUUUGAGGAGCUGACUGCUAAUUCCCCGAAUGGGAGUGAUGAUGCUGAUGUCUGCACGCCCGAGGAGGCUAGCAGGCUUCGCCGGGAACUCCGAGAACAGGGCCCCGCCGUCUUCUGUGAACGCACUGUCGAUGCUGGUCGCUACACGGCCAAGAAGCUUCUCAGCGCCUUUGGAAUCCGUCCGCCAAACUUCCUCGAGGGCGAGGAUGACGAGGCUUACUUCAGCUUACUGUCGCUGGCCAUCACCCGCGAGUUGUCCAAGCGCGCUAAGCUGUCCAAAUACAACUCGCUCGAAGAUGCCGUGGAUCUGAUCCAGCAGAGCAAGAACAUUAUCCUUCUAACCGGCGCUGGUAUCUCGACCUCGCUGGGCAUUCCCGAUUUCCGUUCCAAGGGCACUGGUCUCUACUCCAAGCUUGAACAUCUGGGUCUAAAUGAUCCCCAAGAAGUCUUUGACAUCGAUGUCUUCAGACACGAUCCUACCAUCUUCUACUCGGUCGCUAAGGACAUCCUGCCCAACACCGACCGUUACACACCCACCCACAAGUUCAUCGCCAUGCUCAACGAGCGCGGCAAGCUUCUGACCAACUACUCGCAAAAUAUCGACAACCUUGAAAUCAAGGCAGGCGUCCCCAAAGAGAAGCUCAUCCAGUGCCACGGGUCCUUUGGCACAGCCACCUGCGUCCAGUGCGGCUACAAGAUGCAGGGCGAGAAGAUCUUCCCAGACAUCAAGGCAGACAAGAUCCCCCGGUGCCCGCGAUGCAUCCAGACACUGCGCACAGCCGGCGGUACCGUCAAGCGUAAGAGGUCCGCGGGUCUGGAGAAGAAGCGCCGUCGCUGGAGCGCGGAUGAUAGCUCUGACGACUCUGAGUACGACAUCCCUACUGCAGGCGUUAUGAAGCCCGACAUUACGUUUUUCGGCGAGGCGCUGCCCGAUGAGUUCUCCAGGCGCCUGACGGAGAACGACCGCGACAAGGUCGACCUGGUUGUUGUCAUUGGUACAUCCCUCAAGGUGACGCCUGUGUCCGAGAUUGUCAGCUGGCUGCCUUCGCACAUCCCCCAGAUCUACAUCUCGCGCCAGGCCGUCUCGCACAUCAACUUCGACAUUGACCUGCUGGGCGACUGCGACGUUGUCGUGACGGAGCUGUGUCGCCGCCUGAGCUGGCCCUUCAAGCACGAGAUGGUGCCCAAGGGCCAGAAGAUUGACGUGGCUACAGAAGAGGGUUACAAGAGCCGGCACACGUUUGAGGUUCGGGGCGCCAAGUCUAGCCCCUAG